UUUUUUUUCAAUCCGACUCCAAGCUUCCGGACGCGGACAAGCAGAGCUGCCGCCGAAUUUAAAGAGACAGGCGAUAGUUAUUUAAAACACGAUAAACGGCAACCAUUGUCCCCCCUCUCUCUUCCGAUGCGUCUCGACUCGCACAUUUCGACGAUGUUCCCCCAAAGUCUCGUCGAGUGAAGCCGCCCCGUCUCGUCUCGCCCUCCCGGCUGCCCCACUUCACUUCCCCGCCGUUCCGUUAGCGACGAGCCAGGCUAAAGUGAGGGCUCGCUGGGCUCCCGACUGGCAGGCUGGCUCCCCCGACCGAGAGGACGCUUUGUCGGCUAGCCGAGCACCGGAGCUACACCGCAGCCUAAACUCUCUCUCACACGCCGCUCUCGAUGGCGAAGAUCCAGGCGCACAGCGCGGCCAAGCAAAUCAACCAAAUCCCGGACAAGCCUUACGUUAUAACCCAGAAGCAAGUGCAGCAGCAGCACUUCCAGAAGCUGAAGGUGGAAGAUGCCUUGUCAUACCUGGACCAGGUCAAGAUCCGCUUCGCCAACGACCCCGGCAUAUACAACAAGUUCCUCGACAUCAUGAAGGAGUUCAAGUCACAGAGCAUUGACACUCCGGGAGUAAUAAACAGAGUGUCACAACUUUUCCACGGGCACCCCGACCUCGUCUUGGGCUUCAAUGCCUUCCUACCACCCGGCUAUCGGAUAGAAGUCCCAAAGAAUGGAAUAGCCUUCCUCCAGUCGCCAUUUUCCACACAGGUGUCACCCGGCCAACAGGGAAAGAGCGUCACCCCCUCGUCCGCGGUGACAUCGACCUCGGGUAGUGCGUCCGCCACCAACUCCGAAGCUGGACCCGCCCAAACAAGUGACGUCAAGGCGGCCUCCUCGGAGUCCUUAUCGUCCUCAACCUCUUCUUCCGUCGGACCGCCGGAAAAUCCCAGCAGACUGUCCCUUCCCUUGGCAAGCAGAGAGAGUCAGAAUCCGGCCGCCACCUCAUCCGUGUCCCCGCCCGCCUCAGAGACCAGCCCGGUGGAGUUUGACAGUGCCAUCAGCUACGUGAACAAGAUCAAAAACCGCUUCCUGGACCACCCGGAGAUCUACAGAGCCUUCCUGGAAAUUCUUCAUACAUAUCAGAAGGAGCAGCUGGAGGUGAAGGAGAGCCGAGGUAGUCGAGGUACCAGCGGGAUGACUGAAGAUGAGGUCUUUUCAAAAGUUGCCAGUCUUUUCAAGGGACAAGAGGACCUGCUGGCCGAGUUUGGCCAAUUCUUGCCGGACGCAAAGAGAUCGCUGUUCACCGGGAACUCGCUAACGGGGACGAAAGACCAGCUGAAAAGACCAGACGACGAUGACGUGAUUAGCAAGCAGAACAAAAAGAGGCCCAGACCCAUACUACUGCCCCACAUGUCCCCACUACUCAAGAAAAAGAUGAAGUAUUCCUGUACCAAAGAUCAGUCCAUCGCGUCAGUCGGCAAACACGGAGUCUUACGAGAAUUCUCCUUCUUUGACAAGGUUCGCCGCCUGUUUAAAAGCCAGGAAGUGUACGAGAACUUCUUGCGCUGCAUUGCCUUGUUCAACCAGGAGGUGGUGUCAGGAGCUGAGCUGCUCCAGCUGGUCACGCCUUUCCUGGGAAAGUUUCCUGAAGUGUACACGCAGUUCAAGUCCUUUCUGGGAGACAAAGAGCUCUCUCAUGCCAUGGGGCUGUCGGAUCGCUACAUGGAGGGAGGCGGAGGCAGAGAGGUGGACUACGCCUCCUGCAAACGCUUGGGCUCCAGCUACAGAGCGCUCCCAAAGACCUACCAGCAGCCCAAAUGCAGUGGCCGCACCGCCUUGUGCAAGGAGGUGUUAAAUGACACAUGGGUGUCGUUCCCGUCCUGGUCGGAGGACUCCACCUUUGUCAGUUCCAAGAAGACUCCCUAUGAGGAGCAGCUGCACCGCUGCGAGGAUGAGAGAUUUGAGUUGGACGUGGUCUUGGAGACCAACCUCGCCACCAUCCGAGUGCUGGAGAGCGUCCAGAAGAAGCUGUCGCGUCUUUCGCCCGAGGACCAGGAUCGCUUCCGAUUGGACGAUUGCCUGGGCGGCACCUCCGAGGUCAUCCAGCGUCGCGCCGUCUACCGGAUCUACGGAGACAAGGCCCCCGAGAUCAUUGAGGGGCUGAAGAGGAGUCCUGCCACGGCGGUGCCUGUGGUCCUCAAGAGGUUGAAGGCCAAGGAAGAGGAGUGGAGAGAGGCCCAGCAGGGCUUCAACAAGAUCUGGAGGGAGCAGUAUGAGAAGGCCUACCUCAAGUCCCUGGACCACCAAGGAGUCAACUUCAAACAGAACGACAUGAAGGCCCUGCGCUCCAAAAGCCUCCUCAACGAGAUCGAGAGUGUCUACGAUGAGCGACAGGAGCAGAGCACGGAAGAAGGCGGUGUGGGCCAGCAGGGCCGCAACGGUUCCAGUGUGGCCACCACCAGCGAGCCGCACAUGGUCUUCACAUACGAGGACAAACAAAUCUUGGAGGACGCCGCUUCGCUCAUCAUCUACCACGUCAAACGCCAGCCCACCAUCCACAAAGACGACAAGGACCACAUCAAGCGCAUCAUCCAGCACUUUGUUCCCGACCUGUUCUUCUCACGCCGCGGCGAGCUCAGCGACACCGAAGAAUGGACGGACGAGGAGGCCGAGCCGGAGGAGGGAGGAGAACGAGCGGCGGCAGCUGUAACAUCAGCAGUAGCGACGGCGGCGACGACGACGUCGACGACGACAACAACAUCAGGAGGAAAUGCUAACACUUCUAACGCAUCAGCAGCCACCAGUAGUCAGCCCCAACCACAACCAGCCCAAGUCCAGCCCCAAAGCCAGCAGCAAAUAAACAGCGAGUCCCGACGGAGACGCGGCAGCCCAUCCCAACCAGCAGACACAGAAUCCUCCAGCACCCCAGGCAGCACGGUCCAAACUGCAACCACCCCCAGCUCCGCCCCGGCAUCCACGCCUGUAGAGAGUAGUUCGGGUGCAACCGUGGAGAAGGUGGACCUGCGUGACCCCGAAGCAGAGCACCAGAAGGAGCUGGACGGCGUCUAUAAUUUGUUCUUUGUCAACAACAACUGGUAUUUCUUCCUGCGACUGCACCAGACUCUGUGCUCGCGCCUGCUGCGGGUUUACCGGCAGGCCGAGCGACAGCUGCUGGAUCACCGAGCCGAGCAGAGCAGGGAGCGGCUGCUGGUGGCCGAAGGGAGACGGGAAAAGGCAUGUGACCUCGCCAUGGAGCUGCGCCUCAAACAGCCCAGUGAGGUGGAGCUGGAGGAGUACUAUCCUGCCUUCCUGGACAUGGUGCGCAGCCUGCUGGACGGAAAUCUGGAUUCCACUCAGUACGAGGACACCCUGCGUGAGAUGUUCACCAUCCACGCCUACAUCGGCUUCACCAUCGACAAGGUCAUCCACAACAUCAUCAGACAGCUGCAGCACCUGGUGAGCGACGAGGUGUGUCUGCAGGUGGUGGAGCUCUAUCUGGCCGAGAGGAAGAAGGGGGCCGCCGGGGGGAACCUCUCAUCGCAGUGUGUACGCGCCGCCUGGGAGACCAGCUACCAGUGGAAGGCUGAGAGAGCCAUGGCUGAAGAGAACUGCUUCAAGGUGAUGUUUCUUCAAAACAAGGGCGACGUGACGAUGACCGUGGAGCUGUUGGACACCGAGGAGGCCCAGGCUGACGACCCUUUAGAUGUUCAGUGCUUGUCCAGCUACAUGGAACAGUUUGUUGGAACCGAGUCCAGUCUGUGUUCGCAGGCAGAGGGCUACUUUUUCAAACCUGUCUUUCUUCCCAGGAACCUGCGUCGAUUCCGCCGCUGGCAGGUGCGCCAGGUGGAGGCCAUGCGCUGCAGGCGAGAAUGGCAACGGCAGCUGGGCGUGGAAAACGCCGGCAGCCUGGACUGUCGCUUCAAACUCAACACUCACAAGAUGGUGUUCGUCAUGAACUCUGAGGACUACAUGUACCGCAGGGGGGCGCUGGUCAAGGCCAGGAAGUCCCAGAACCGCGUGGCGGCGAGCCAACACGAGCGCUUCGACAAGUGGCACCGGGGCUGGCGGGCCGAGCACGUGGCGGCCUCGGCCGAGCGCGGCGUGCAGAAGUGGCUGAUGGGCGAGGAGGACGAGGACAUGAUCCCCUGCAAGACCACCUGCCUGUCCGCCGAGGUCAAAGGGCAGACGGUCAACAGAUACCAAGUUCAUUACAGCGGUAGCAAAGCGCCCGCCUCGCCUUAGGAACACACCCACACCCACACACACACCCGCCCAGGUAAAUGCAUGGACAUCCAUCCAGUAAACAGUGCAGUACUUGUAUACGUUGUGUAUACUUCCUGUAUACUUCUUGUAUACUUCCUGUAUACUUCCUGUAUACGUGGGCCCGCAUCUUCACUCUCUCUGCAGUGAGUCUGUGAUCAUGUCGGACAGAACGGACCACCAGGACAGACAAAGUAAUAAACUUUUGUGGCCCCGCCUCCUCCUCCUGGCGCUCAAAGUCAAGAUUGAUCACCAUUGAUCAGGUGACAUCAUGGAAAUGCUUUCAGAAAUGUGAAUGUCUGUUUUUUUUUUUGUUUGUUUUU